CACCAUGAACAACUUCAGCGCUGUCCCAGCAGCGCCUGGCCUCAUACCCUGGGACAAUCCACAUGACAUCCUCACUCGCACCCAGUACUUAGUGGCGGUCUACAUCUUGAACUGUGUCAUCAAGCCUGUCGUCGUCGUUAUCGGCCUGCCGUCCAACAUCAUCAACUGUGUGGUGUUCUGGCGCCAGGGACUUGGGGACCGCAUGAACGUCUGUCUCUUGGCUCUGUCCGUGGCCGACCUCGGCCUCAUCACCAUGUGUGCGAUCUUCGGGAUGACAUAUUACAUCGAGAGGGUUGACCCGGUCACGUGGGAUGGCCUUUACGCUUUCUUUCAAGCUUACUUAACCGGAGUGGGUCAGGGGUUCCGCACUGCCUCUGGAUGUAUCACCACGGUGAUAGCCGUGGAGCGCUGUCUGUGUGUCGUGUUCCCCCUCAAGGCGGCCUCUUUGAUCCGCACCCGCACCAUGGCGGUGAUGAUGGUCUUCAUCCUUUGUUUCUCUCAGGCGGCCCUUUUCACGAUGCCCGCGCGAUUUGUAGUACUUCGAGUUAAUAAUACCUCGGCAAAGUUCGGACUUGUCAGUUCUGAGUUGUUUAUGAACAAUCAAGUUUUCUUUACAGUUCUAGAAAACAUUGUGAUGAUGAAUGUCAUCCCCAUCGCCACAUUCGUUGUCGUUGCCGUGUGCACCGCCCUGACGGUGGUCAAGCUGAGGGCCGCCAUGACCUGGCGGAAGACGACCAGCUGCAGCAGUGAGGGAGGUCAAGGGCAGCACACGGCACUGACCAAGAUGCUGGUGCUGGUGUGCUGUGUCUACAUCCUCACCACCAUCCCCUGGGUCAUCUUCUACCUCGCGAACGUCACAGUGCACGAGUUUUCUCUGGUGGGCCAGUACUACAAUUUAUACAUGACCUCCAUCGUCACGGUCUAUUACUUCCCUUAUAUCAAUAGCUCCCUCAGUUUUUUCGUUUUCUUUGGCAGAUCCACCCGCUUCCAAAAACACGUUUUACGUUUGUGUUGCGAUUUGUCUAAGUUUCAAUCGGCAAAAGGACGGACAACAGCUGCUGUGGGUUAG